AUGGAAGAACCUCAUGCUGAAGAUCAAAGGACGCAUGCGCGGCCGCGGCGCAUUCGUCCGACGACAAACAACAUCUACGAUGAGAGCAAAGACGCAUUAGAUCAAUCCCGUUCAUUCACCCCAGCUUUGACGUUACCUGCUCCUCCUCCACCACCUCCAAAGCGGGCUCCUCGACCUCCUACUCCGUUUAACAAGACUGUUGAGGCGGAUGAACAUCUAAACCAGGCGGCCCUACGACUUUACACCAACUUUAUCAACGAGCUAUCCGAAUUUGCCGCACAGCAGAGAGAGGUGACUGCGUUGCGUCUUGCUGUUCAGGAGAGACGAAAGAAACUCCACAGACUAAGGGAGCAUGUAUCGCAGUGUGACAUGCUGCUCUUCGAUUGUAUACGCAAGAAAAUGAGCGAAAGUGCUUCAUCCAUCGAUCCCGCUAUGCUCACACUCUUCGAAGCAGCGCAGGCAGCUAGAGAUCAGGUUGGGCCUGUUGAAUCGGAUUACGAGCCACUCGAAAUCUCGCUUGGUGCGGAAGAACACAAGCUGAUAGACCAAUAUACAAGGAUCGAGGAGAGUUUCGACAAGAUCUUCAGUUUUGAUAUAGCGUCCACUACCAGAACAGAGGAACAGGAGCAAUCUGAGAUAGAGUUUGAAUCGUCCUCUGGAGCGUCUGUUGAGCGGCUACAUGGUACACUGAUCGGUGAGAAUGUCGGUAUCGGUGAAUUACCAAGAGAUGCUGGGGAACUCAAUUUAAAGCUCAAGCCUCAAAUCCAGCAAAAGAGUCAAGGCUACCACACUAGGACAGCAUCGCUAGAAUCAGUCGACCGCCCGAAGCUUCGCAAUUCCAUCUCUACAAAUAGAAGCGCCAACGCUAACGACUGGAUGGAGACGCUGAGCUACAUUGGCAUCUGGGCUACGGGUCAGAUUGAGUCAUCUGGAAGGAAUAUUAUGUCCAGAGACACCCCUGAAGAGGACAUCUUCCUUGCAGAAAGUAUCGACAUCGAUAAUCCUGACCCUACAUCAGAAGUGAUCGAUGAUCUCCCCGUGAACCCGGGUCUGGAGGAAGGCAAUCCUUUGCUCCUGCUAGACGAAAGCGAAGAGACUCGAGCUAUCCUCAGCGACUACCUUAUCGAGUGA